UGAUAGUGAUAUGAAUUCUGAUAGACUUGGCUGUUACGAAAAAUGCAUGUUGUUUGAUAGAAAAUGCAUAUUAAAGAUUAGAUGAAAGGUAAUGCGGACGAUUUGUUUUGAUAUCAGUUGUUUUGUCUGAAGAGUCGAAAGCAGACUGUUGAGUGGUUUAGGUAGUUUCAUGUUGUUGGGAUCGUAUAUUUAAACUCUGCAACAUGAAACUGUCUUAAUUGCCCCAGUUUCAGUCGUCCGUAACCUAAGAUCUACUUUUUUUCACCUAGUGGACAUUGAAGCAGUCCCAAAUAAUGUAAAUUCUUAUAAAAAAAAAUUUUCAGUAUUUCAGAAAAUUCCUUUUUAACACAGUCGCCGUAAGUUGAUUGAUGUUUUCAUUUUCUGACCGAAUGUAGACACUGAUUUGUUGAACUCAGUGUAGACAGUACUUGACAAGGCCUCGGUUACGUCCAAUACACGCCAAUCGAGUCUUGUCUGCUGUAAGCAACAGCGACCUCGGUGGCGUGCCACUGAGCUCGGGAAAUUGCGUUCCCGGCUUCCGCCUGGCGCCGUAAGAAGUGGCUGAACACAAAAGGAAAGAUUGGCUUUAUGGUGGCUCUCCAGUACAGCUAAAGGGAAUUUAUUUGUGCCUAAAAAGCAUGAAUAAGGCCUAUGGUAAAACGUGCUUGUGUUAAAAAACACCCUGGUGCAGUUUACGGCCUCAAAGGGCCAUGCUGUUUCCGUCCCUUUUUUUGUUUUUUAUUUUUUUGAGAAGUUGUCGUUUCCUGCUGUAAAAUAGUAAAAUCCUUCUGAUAAUCACUGAUGGAUUAUUAAAUAGAGUGAACAAUUGUUUAAUUAUUUAAAAACAAAUUAUGUUGCAUUUUCAUUGUUGCACGAGACUCUAAUUUACUGAGCCGACGUGCAUUAGACUUUCUUCUUUUCUAUAUAUGUCAGUUGAAAAUAAACCUGACUAAAAUUGUUAAUGGUAUUUACUUGUUUUUACUUGAGAUUCAUUUAUUGUAUUAUUCUUUUCUUUUCUUUUCUUUCUUUUUCGUUUUGUUAAUUUUGUUUGCUUGUGCCGGUAGGCUACAUAUUUAAUGCUUUUUGUUUGGCAACAUAAUUUAUAUCAAAACGAUACAUAAAUGGAACCCAUUUAUGGCCAAUGAUUGCCGAAUAAAACGUACAACAUAAACAACAUUUAUAAUAAGUAUCAAUAAAAAUAAUUAGGCUAGCUAUAUUAUUAAUAUGCUAUAUUCUGUUAUAUUUCUAAUAGUAUUCUUGUUAAUAAAUGCUCUUUAAUUUUUAAGUGGCACUUUUUAUUCUAUACCAAGUCACUUUGAAUGUCAUAGCUAUUUUGAUGUCUUCUUUUCGACUGAGCAGAUUAAUAUGGAUAAUUUGAUAAAUAUAAUAUUGUAAUUUACAAAUGGUAUGUUUCCAUAUUCAUCGUAUUCUUUGUGGAUUUAAUACUUUGAGACAUUUAAGGCUUCUGUUUAGCUGCGACGUAUAUUAUGUAUAUUUUUCUGGACCAAUUUUUCUGAAAUAAAUGUGAAAAUACAGAAUAUUCUAGAAAAUCAAUUUAUAUCUAUAAAUAACAUGCUUUUCUACUGGGAUGCUACUGAAUCUGGUAAUAUACAAGCAGUAGCCGUUUGCUGCUAACCACGAAGUGAAAAUUUAGCUGACCAUUGUAGCUUCCCAUGUGAAUCCAGGUCGUCAUGUACACUGUACUGUAACUAUUUUAUCUUGAUGGUUAAAAUAUCAAAACUAAAACCGCACAGUUAACAAUUAGGGAACACGUAUUAUGUGCAGUAUAUGAACCAGGCCGUUCCUACCAUAGUGUAUCUAAUUCCAGUCCAGACAGUUUGAAUACAUGCAUUUCUGACAAUGACUCCUGUCCAUGAUGUUUAUCUGCAGAAAACUCGAAUGCAGUCACUUCACGUGAGACAUGAAAUUUUGAAAACAACAGUCCUUGGGAUUGUGCUUUAAAUCUUUAAUCUAAACAAAUUCAGAGAAUAGCCUAAUUUUUAUUUUUAUUUUUUAAGUUUUUAAAUUUUGUAAAUAUGCCCAUAUUUAUUUCUUACAGUAGCUCGAUGUUUGGUUUUACGGGAGAAGGUUAAAAACAAAGCAAUCUCUUUUUGAACCCCACAGAAAUUCUUCUUCUUCUUCUUCUUUUUUUAAUGUUCAAAUGGUCACGUGUGCACCUUACCCAAUCAAAUGACAGUUCGCUCUCAACUUAUUAGCUGACUGGUGCUUUGUGAGGGGAAAGUUGCCUCUUCAUUUUCACAGAUUGUUAUUUUGUGAGCGUGUUGUGUGUAUUAGUGUUUUUUAUGUGUUUUUAUGAAUGAGAGUGCGUCCCGGCCAUGUCGACAUCCGGAGCUCUGACAGGAUAUUAUGUUGACUCUCUUGUUAUGCCGGACAACGAAGAGAAUCGCUUCUCCUCAGGUUCAGGACCCAUUCAGCACAGGCCCUCCGUUCUUCCCACAGACCAUACAGAGCUCAGUCCCUGCACAUUCCCGGCAAAGCAACCCGUUUAUGGUGGCUCAGGUUGGGGCCACAUCCCAAUGCAUUACUCCAGUGGUGUACCGUCAGUGUAUCAACCGCAUACGCAACCUCCAGUAGCUGGGGAUUACGUGCAGUCUUGGCUUUUGGACUCUGCAUGUGGGCUGCCACUCACUGAGGUUCCGACGAUCCAUCAGCACUAUCGUGCCAAACCUGAUACAAAUAGAACGAGUGAUAACGGCACAGAGGCCAGUUCACAUGCCGUACUCCCUUCUGGAGUUUUUACUAACAUAGGAUGUUCUACCGACUCUGAGACCGUAUCUGUCCGGACUGCUGACAAGGGAGGCGAUAUAGAGGAGAAACCGGGCGCUGAUCCAGACAAUCCUGUGUCCAACUGGCUACACGCGAGUUCUACGCGUAAAAAACGAUGCCCUUAUACUAAGCACCAGAUCCUUGAGCUGGAGAAAGAGUUUUUAUUUAACACUUACCUCACGCGCGACCGGCGGUACGAGGUCGCCUGUGUGCUGAACCUCACGGAGAGACAGGUCAAAAUUUGGUUCCAAAACCGCAGGAUGAAGAUGAAAAAAUUAAACAAAGAUGAACGAAGGACGACUAAGAUGCACGUCGUGUAGGUGAGGAUGUGUGAUAAUCCAUCCUUUUACUGAAAUGAUAUGUCGUGGGAUUUUACAUUGGGUCUUGUGUUAUUCAAGCAUUUUCUUAAAGCAUGCUGGGAUCUAAUACUUUGAUAAAUUGGAUUAGGCUAUUUGUCAUAAGUGGUUCCAUUUUAAUAAAUACCGCACAAAUCUAUUUUUCAGACGUAGCCUAUGUUUAAAUACACUGUAAAAAAUAAAAACCUCUCCACCUCAAUUUUAUUUAGUGACUGGUCACAUAAAUUUAAGAAAUUAAAGUCACACAAAUUCAGUUUGGCCAAUUGAUACAUUUAGGUGUGAAAAGUCAAUAAAAAAACUGAGUUGGAGAGGUCUGAUUCUUUUUUUUUUUUUUUUUUUUUUUUUUUUUUUUUACAGUGUACUCGCUGACGCAGUAUUUAAAAUUCAGUAUUUCAUCUGGACCAAAUUUAUUAGUAAUGAACGAACAUGUCUGCAAUAUAUGCUUUUCCUCUUCAGUUGUAGUUAGCAUAUCAGUGUGUGUUUCGGUCCGCAAAUUAAGAGUUUUCUAUGUUCUCUUCUGUAGCGUUUUCUUAAAUUUUCACUAUAAAAAAAUGGGCCCAGGUUUAAGUUAAUACACCUUGAGGAGGCUAUAUGAGAUCAUGUACCUUAGAAAUUAUUUCCUUUUUUAUGUGUCCUUAUUGUUUUGUACUGACAAUUGUGACAUUACAACUACCUAGUCACCACUAUCUACCUAUUUGUUUUGAAUCGACCAAAAUUUUCACGCCAUUAUCAGCCGAUGUGAUAUUGGGUGAAGUCUGUGAACUUCAGGGAAUAGUGAACUGUAGAAAAACACUGUAGGCAACUUUUCAAAUACCUCGUGGUCUGUUGGCCGUCAUAUAUUGUUAGUUUACUUAGUUUUUGUUUUGUUUACUUACAUUUCUCAGAUGUAAUUUGUGAUUUUAUUUAUUGAAUAAUAAAAUCAUUUCAUAUCUCCAAACAAGUCUCCCUUAGAUUCCGUAGUCCAUCGUGACAUUUUAAAUAACAAUCAAGUUGAGAAAUUACGUGUAAA